GAAGAUACCGGUAUGUCAACUAUUGUCAACUCAGUCAAUUUCAUUUUCAAAGGGUAAUCCCUUAUUUACUUAUUUUCCAAUUAAUCUAGGUUUAAUUUAGUAUUGUUAAACCCAAACUUAGAAUAAUAAAAUUUUAUAGGUGCGGUCAAUUUAAUAAUUACUCAAUCAUUAUGUCAAAUAUUUGACUUUGACGUUAAACUUUAAGUGUAAUUAACUGGCAACUGAGACUGAGUAACAAAACAAAAUAACAUGCAAUGCCAUUGUCAAUUACAGUAAUAGUGCUAGUGGCUGUGGGGGCCUCGGCUUCCGAAACAUGAUUAAUUUUUCCUGGUUACCUCAAGCCCAAACUCUAAUGUUCUGAAACCACCGCUACUCUACUGGCUUUAAUUAAAAUUCCCCUUUGAACCUUUUGAGUUUGAGCAUUAAAAGUUACUACUUAUUAAGAGUUAGAUUUAGACUGGCUUACAGUUAUGACCGUUAUCUGUUAGUAGUUAGUAAUAGUAGUUAAGUAGUUAGUAGUAGUUGGAUUUAAAUUUAAUCCCAACUUAGACACUUAGAGAUGUCUUCUAAUUGUUUAAAUUAUCAUAAUCAUGGAGAGCCUUGGCAUAAAAUCAUAAAAAUUUCUAAAAAAUUAAUAUUACAUUUGUUAUCUCAGAAAUCAAAUCAUCACCUUGCUAAUAAUUAAUAAUGUUCAUUAAGUUAAUCAGACUAUGAUUAUGUCUAUGAUUAAUCCGAAUUAAGACAAGUUUAAAAAAAAAAAAUUUUUAUAUCUCUUUCAUCAUACUUUUUGAGUCCUAGCCUAGUCCUGGAUUCUAAAGGCCAGAGUAAUUAUGAUAACUUCUUUAUUUUUCAAAAUUGUUCAGAGUUCAUUUUUUUGUUAAAUUUUGUUAGGUAUCAUGAACUUAGUCUUAGUUUAAGAAUAGCUACCCUGAAUGUUGAUAAAAUCAAGCUUUAAAAAAAACCCUAAAAAAUCUGAUUUAUUUGAAUUAAAUGGGAUUUUAAAAUUUGAAUUUUUUUCUUCUUGUUUGAAAAGGAUUUCUUAGAUUUUGAAGGAUAUUAAUGCCACUUGAAGUAAGUUAAUCUUUAUUAAGAUUAAAAGUCACAUUGAAGAUGGCAUCGGUAGGUCGUUGAGCGUGAGCUCUUAAUAACCCCCUCCCCGGCACCCCUCCAUUUGGGUCAGGCACCGGGUGUCCCCGCCGCCAGACCCGCAUGCCGGGAACCUCCUCGCUGGCCUGGGGGAUGUCCGGUCGACUGAAAACACUGAGUUUAAAGCGUUCGCAGUCCACUCUCCGUGGGUCAGAAUGGGUUUUCUUCCAGUCCGGGGGAAAGUUGUUGUGUUAACACCCCUCCAACGUUCAAGGGAGUCUUUCGGACAGGACGUAAGCUUGAAGGAAAAGGUCGCCUAGGAGAGGCUUUCUCAGGGCCGUGUAGCUUAAAUCAUCGGUGUGGGUUUUAACCGUCACCCAGACCUCAUAUCCAUUAAUGGCAACAAGAUUAAGAUAAAACAUAAUUAGUUAAUAGUAUUCAAAUUGCAUUUUAUAUAAGACCUCUUAUUAUUAUUAUUUUAAAAUUUUAUAUCAGAUUUUUAAGAAAAAAUUACCAGUAAUUAGAUUUCUCUAUAUUUUGUAGUAUAUUAAUGGUUAUAAAGAUUAAAAAUAAUAAUGUUAUUGAAGGUACUUAAAUAAUUUUUAAAAAAAAUAAAUUAGAUUUUUAAAAAUGUAAUAGGAUUUUAAAAAUUAAAUCAGAUUUACUCAAUUUAUAAUAUUUUGUCUUCUUCUUUUUUUGUAAAUUUUAUUAUUUAAAUUAUUUUUUUUUAAAAGGGUUUCUUUAGAUUUUUAAAUCUAUUAAUUUUUUUAAUGAUUAAAUAUCCUGUUGCUACUAUUAUUUAAAUCACAUUUUUGGAUGCAAAUAGGAUUUUAACUUACAAAUUUUAAUUUAAGUAAAAUAACAUUAAUAUUUGAAAAUUUAUACAAUCUAAAUUAAAUGCAUUUGAAAGGAUUUUUAUACUUUUUUUUAUUUUAUAUAAUGAGACAUAUUAAUUUGGAAAAGUUUUAAAAACGUAUAAUCAAUGUAUCUAUCAAUGUGAAUAAUUACUUUAAUUCAAUUUCAAACGUUCAAAUUAUCAAUAUCAAUGCCAUAAAAUUGUAAUUUGUCAAUGUCAUGCUAAUCCACCAAAGCAAGCCUUCUGAUUGAAUAAUUUGAAUAGAAAAACCAGUUUCCAGCUUUAUAAACCCCAAAUUGAUUUCUAACGGCAGUCCAUAAAGUACAUCUACGAAAGUGUGACAAUUUGUGACACAGUUUUUGGGGGGAAGGGGGGGAAGGGAUUUAAAGAUCACACAUUUUUUAUUUUUUGAUCAUUCAAGUAAAAACUGAAAUUGACAGUGAUGUUUAUCUUACUGUUGUGUUAGAUGUAUUCUGACAGACGAUUUCACUUUUAUAUAGUAGGCUAAGUGUGUUUUAGAUUUAAUUUUAAUUAAUUGUGUUUUAGAUUAAAUUUUAAUUAGUUGUGAAAUGUAUUAAUAAUUUUUUAUUUCAAAUGUGUAAUAUACUUUAGGGGGAUUGGGGUAUGAGAAUUGUGUCAAGGGGAAGGAGGGGUCAAAUAAAAAAAAACUUAUGGCACUUUAUGGACAGCCCCUAAUUUCUAAAAACUGAAAGUUUAAUUGAAUAAAAAUGAUAUUUAUUAUUACAAAAUAUUGCAAUCAUAAUUAUAUAUUAUGAAAUAAUAUAUUAUGUGAUUGAUAUUACAUAAAAUCAAACAGAAGUUCUUUUUUAGCUAGUGCCUUUAAAUAUAAAUAUGUCAGAUAAACAAAUAUAAUAUAGAUAUACAAUAAUCAAUUAAAAAAAAACAAUUUGAUUAACAUCAUGAUUUUUAUGUGCCUGAUUUAAAUCAAAGAUUUAAAUAUACGUGUUAUCUUCAUUGAGAUAAUAAUUCGCCAAAUCACUGUCACCCAGAUUUCAUUAAGCCUACAUUAAUAAGGUGUUAAUCAUAUUCAACUGCUUAGCCUUAGGUUCGGAGCAUGCAACACACACAGAGCUUAAAUUUGGUACACAACUUAGUCUCAGUGGGCUAUCUUAGGCUAAUUUAUUAAAAAAAUGGCGGGUCCUUGAAUCGUCUAUUUAAAAAAUUAAAUUGCUUGAGUUAAAUUUUUUAUUGUGAAAGAACUGUAGUGGUGCACUGGGUGUUUUGGGUCUUCCUCGUCCUCUUGAUCGUUUAGGGUUCCAUAACAUUGUUUGUUUUGUUACACCUGGCACGGGUUUACUUAUGGUAUGAAUUAUGCCUCUGCACCUUAAUUUCCGUUUUUUUUUGCUUUACUGGGUUUUAUGCUUUAAAUGUCUAAUUAAUCCUUAUCAACAUCCAGUUAAUGAAGUUAAUAUAAAAUCUCAUGGAAAUGGGGACUAGGAAUAUGCACACCAUUUAUCUUAAGGUUAUUGUUGGUAGUCCACAAGGUAACACCACUGCGCUAAAGGAUAGGCAAAGGGGCUUUAAAGUUCAUUUGGGAAAGGGUUCAUUCAACCCCUGAAAGACUCUGGUCAUGCAUAUACUUAUUAAUUGUAAAUGCUUGCAAAGCUCACGCAUAUACUUAUUAAUUGUAAAUGCUUGCAAAGUUCAUGUUUUAACAUACGUAAGUAUAAGUCAAGACAAAAUUAUUUAUUUUACUUUUACUUAAAUUAUUUAAAUAGUCUCAUUUUGUACCAAUAAUAUGUCUCAAAAUAUAAAUGCACCCAUGCUUCUCAUCAACAGGUUAAGAUUAGAUUUCUAACAAACCAUGAUGAGAACAAAGUCUGCAAAGUUUGGGCUGAAAAUAGAAGAAUAUGUGAUUACCGAAAAAGAACAAGAGAUCAUUUCAGAGUCAUAUUUUAACACCAGAAAUGUACAUCUCAAAGAGUCAAAUGGAGGUUACACAUCCUGGAAUAGUCUUUGCUCCAACACCAUUACCACAGACCUCAAUGUCACCUCAUUGAGGAUUUUUUCUCUCAUUCAUUGAGGACCUUUUCUCUCAUUCAUUGAGGACUUUUUCUCUCAUUCAUUGAGGACUUCUUCUCUGGAACAAAACUGUCAAGAUAAUAAGAGGUAGUACCAUAAAUAGUUAUGUCUGUCUUUUGGACAAUAAAAAUUCUAUUUUCAAAUUAUUGUUACCAUGAAACCUGCAAGAGAAUUAUAUUUUUUUUUACCUAAAUUUAUUUUGUAAGCAAUACUCUGACAGCUGUCUACUUGUAUUUAAAGUAAUUAUCAUUCACUUUGCUUUAAAGCUCAACUUUUAUUUAACUAAUUAUAAGAGUUUUGGAUUGCGAUAAACCUUUCAAGUAGAUUAAUGAGACACAAUUUGUCUAAAUAAAACAAUAUAGGUAAAGCCUUAAAUAUGGUUACCUAGAAUACAUUAAUAACAAGAUUUGGUGUGUUGGAUACUUGUUCCCAUUCUGUUCUUUUCUUUCAUUUUUGGGUGGGAUGCAUGAGUAUAUAUUAUUUAAAUAAAAUUUAUACUUGUAUGAAUGUUUUAUGUUGUACAGAUGAAGGCAUUUGCCGAAACAUUCUCAUUUGCAUUCUGUGUAACCAUAAUUAAAGCUUAACCUGUCUAGUUUUAUUUACACAAAUUAUCUGUGUCUAUUUGUUCAACAUUUAAGAAGUGAUUUAGUUACAUUCCAAAAGGAUAUAUAGAAUCUACUUGAAAAAUCUGAUGAUCAAUUUUCAGCAGCAUAUCAGCAGUACCAGUAGCUGAUAAGAUUUUUUUUUAAAAAUCAAGGACAGCAUAUAAUUAACCUCAAUUAAGAACCAUGGUUUGCCUAGUCCAUGAUCCUUGCCUGCACUAGCACAUGUGUUGUGUUCAGAUGUGUUCAGACUCAGAGGUCAUUUAGCUAAAUGUCAGCAAGCACUUUCAUGACAGGAUCUUAUAUUUCUUAUUGAAUCUCCUACCUUCUAAAGUUGUGUUACCCAUAAAGUUUUCCUAAUAAUUAUUUUUUGUGUGUGCUGUUGAAACUUUAUGAUUUUGUUGUUUAAUAUAGUGAACAAGUUAUAUGAUAAGACAUAAUUAAACAUUUUAGUUUCUAUUCAUCUGAGUUCAGUGCUGUUUUGUUGACUUAGCGAUCUGUUUUUUGUAGCCUUUAAUAUCUAUUUUUUUUAUUUUUUUUUUUCCCCUCAGUUUAUGCCACUGAAGAUGAAGCAGAUUCAUCAGUUUAAUAAGUUCCUACCUCACCGUCCAGCCCAUCUCACAACACCCAUACAGAAGCCACAUCAUGGAUAUCAUCACCGUACAGCUGAGAAGAGUGGCGUCUUCUCUGUUUCUUCUAGCACUGCCUGCCAUGGUUUUAUAUAUAUUCCCAACCUUUGGAGACAGAUUAAUAGUGGUAUUGUUAAUGGAUUUUGUACGAAAAAUUCUCAUGUACCUCGGUUGCUGAAUCAAAGUAUUUCCUUUGGAAAUUUCAAAAUGCACUUAACUUGUAGACAACUCUUGACAGGCGGAACUGUCUCUCAAUUUUCAUCCUCGCUAGUUUUCAACAAGAGAUUCUUUUUUAGCCACAGCAGUGCACAUGUCUCAAGCACAGACAAACAAGCUGUCUCCUCAGCAAAAUGGAACAGUUCAUUUGUAGAAGUCAGCCUGAGAGGCCACACCUGUAGAAUCCCAAACAUCUGGCUGAGGGAUCAUUGUCGUUCUAACAAGCUCUACAAUCACAAAACCCACCAGAAGAUUUUGGAUCUUGAGCUGUCCAGCCAAGACUGGACCCCAUCUGCAGUCAGCUACUCAGAGGACAUGACAGUCAUCUCAAUUCAAUGUAAGUGUCUGAUUUCAUGAAAAUAUCCUGCUGUAAUCUAUAUACCAGGUAACCUGGUUGUCCCUAGUUCAAUGCUGAUCACUUGAUCAGAAUAAGCUGCAGAGAAACAUCUGAAUGAUUAGUAUAUGAUUUCAUUAUUAAAAUGAUUCUUGUCCAUUUCAUUAUGCAAAGAUAAUAUUUUGGUGUUUUCAAUUUAAAAAGAAAAAAAAAAAUACAUUUUAUUUCUCAACUUAACAUUCUGUAGGUACUGGAAUGAAAUUGUCUUUUUUUUUUAUUGAAGAGAAAGUUUGUCAUUCAUUUAUUUGUAUAUGGAUAAAGACUUUUUUAGUUAAGAAUUUUAUGAAAGGAAUUGUAAAAAACUAUGUUUUCUCUCCCCACCCACAAACAGGGAAAGACGGUCAUGUCUCUCACUUUAAACUUGAGUGGCUUGCCGACAACUAUUUCCCUGGAGUAUUUUCCAGACAUGCACAGAGGGUGUAUUGGAACCACAAGAUGAUCCAGUCUGAAGGUUUGCCCACCGUGACAUACACUGAGCACAUGGAAACUGAUGGAGGAUUAACUCAGUCGCUCAGAAAUCUUGUGAAAUAUGGCAUUACAGUUGUUAAAGGGGUCAGUAUUACUUUGUUCUAUGAUGAUUGUCGCUAUCUGUAAUAAUUGGUUUCUUGCAUCAAGUUCUUUGACACAUGCAUAUGUCAUAAUCACAACCAGCUGCGUUAGGUUAAAAUUAGAGCAUAAUUUUAUUUCUUGCCAUAAGUGCCAUAUGAGUUCAAUAAUUCUUCACAUUUUAAUCACUUUACUAAGUUUAUUUUAUCACUGUAUCAGAGUGAGUCAGUGACUCAUUGUGAUUCGGUGCCAUUCUGCACCAGAAUACUGAGAGGCACCAGAAUACUGAGAAAAGGAGUUUUAAUAGUUUAAAAACAGCAAAAGUAUAAAUUGUUUAUUGUUUUCAGUUCAGCGCAUAGGUUGAAAAUGGUAGAAUUUAUUUUAAAGUUGUUCAUCAAUUUAGAAGAUAGCACCUUUGUGAUCUAUAUGUGUUCUAUAAUACAAAUACAGCCUAUAUAAUAGAUUGGUCUAUCGCCAAUACAGAAACUUUAUGCGUCAACUUUAUGAUUGAUAAUAUGAAUAAGUUUAAUGACACAACAGCUGUGAUUCAAAAGCGUUGGCUUUUAAGUUUGUUAAAGGCUCUUUCUGCAGAUUUACUUGUAAGUGCCAGACAAUCAUUAAUAUUAUACAGCAUCAGUAAAUUAGGGUAACCAGACAGCUUCACGAAGGCAUAACUAUUCCAUUCAUUUACUGAAAUCAAUUGAGCAUCUGCCUGAACCGUAGUUGCAACACUGUCUGGUUCUUUAUUGACUUGACUGACAUUAGACUCAUCAGCAAUGUUCCCUUUAAGCUGUGCGGCUGCGCACAGACGCGGCGAAGCAGUUUUGAGUACGAGCAGAUAAUUUCCACUUAAGUGUGUGUUUGUAGGCUGUAAAAUUUUGCGCACAAAAAAAUUGAUGCUAUAAAAAUUUGCACACAACUUUAUGAUUUUGCACUCGAACCAACAAACCUUACAGGGAACAUUGCUCAUCAGGUAAUCUUGCUGCAUUAGAGUGCACGUCUUCUGCAGAUUGUUCAUGUAUCUUGGAAAUUAACACAUCUUCUGACUCCUCUCCUUUGAAAUAAAAAUUAAUAUCUUCUUUUAAAGUCAGCCACAGCAAUACCAGAAUGAACACCAUAUUAGCUGCAUAUUGCCCCAAUUUUCCUAAGAUUGAUGAAGUGAUCACUUUGUUGGGUCCAACAUUGUCACAUGGCUGUUUCAUGAAGAUCAAGUUUUUGUGCUCAAAUCUACUGGAUAUUUUCUGGUUAGCCCUGUCAAGCACUGUUAUGGAUAACUAGGUUUUGAAUCUUUGAGUCUGACUUGUCAUUCAUCUUGACAUCGUUCAUCAGCCAUCAUCUUCCUUUUGCAUGCCAUACUUCAAGCCAAUAUAUGCACAAACAAAAAUUGAGUCUAUUUAGUCCCAAAUUAAUUUUUAUUGUUCCACUCCUAACUUAGACUGGGAGCAGCUGCUUUAUUUUCUCCCCUGUGUAGAUACUGCUGCUAAUUACUAAUCAGACAUUAUUGUUUCAGUUGGUCAACCUUUUAUUUUGAAUCAGGUCCCGGCAUCUGUGGCUGCCACUCAGGCUGUGGUUGAAAGGGUGGCUUAUGUCCAGGAAACCUUGUUUGGAAAGAUGUGGCUGUUCACAGCUGAUGGCUCACGCAGUGACACGGCUUUCACAACACAGUCCCUGGGGGCUCACACGGACAAUACCUACAUGCACACGCCAGCAGGGUAAGUGAACAGCAUGAUUGUAGCUUGUGGACAGCCUGUUUGUGACUAGUGGACAGCAUGAUUGUAGCUUGUGGACAGCCUGUUUGUGACUAGUGGACUGCAUGAUUAGGAUAAGUGGACAUCAUGUUUCAAGAAAUGGACAGUAUGAUUUUAGCUAGUGGACAGUAUAUUUUUAAUUUUUAACUAAAGUCAACAAAAGUCCCAUUUUUUUUCAAAAAGGUUUCUCUAUGUCUUGUAAAAAUAUUUUUAAAAUGGCAUUAGUGGAAAGAACAUUUUGUGUCACAUAAUCAGAUCAAAUGAUUUAAAAGUUUCCUUUAAACUUAUUGCCUUUUCGUGUCUUCUUGGACAACCUUACUACGCAUUUAGACAGUUACAUUGUGUCUCCUUGGAUGUGGGAAGAAAGUUUUAUCAAGUUGGAUGCUGAGAAGCCACAUUUAGAACUACAAGCACAAGUAGUUAUCCACAAUUAGAAUUGGGGUUGUGACAUUUUGAUACAAGUUUUACAUUUGUAUGAACUGUUGUUUUGCAAGGAUUAUUUUUAAAUUCUUUUGUUGUCAGACUUCAAGUUUUCCAGUGUCUGGAGCACUCUGGGUCAGGGGGAGAAACUCUGCUUGUGGACGGCUUCCAUGCUCUACAGACCCUUCAGAGAGCCGACUCUUCUGCCUUUGAUGUACUCACUAAGACAGUGGUUCCCCAUGAGUACAAAGAAGAUGCGGGUGACAAAAGUCCUGGUUAUCAUUUGUAUAAUUUGGGGACCGUUGUGACUGUGCAUCCUGUGUCAGGGGAGUUGAUUCAGUUAAGGUGAGUUCUUUGUUAAAAUUAAACAUACCCCAUAAAGUUUGAGCACUUUUUGAACUUUAGUCCUGUGCAUUGGAGAUAGGUUGCUAGGCACUCUUUGGGAGUUAGUUUGCUAGGCACUCUUUGGGAGUUAGGUUGCUAGGCACUCUUUGGGAGUUAGGUUGCUAGGCACUCUUUGGGAGUUAGUUUGCUAGGCACUCUUUGGGAGUUAGUUUGCUAGGCACUCUUUGGGAGUUAGGUUGCUAGGCACUCUUUGGGAGUUAGGUUGCUAGGCACUCUUUGGGAGUUAGUUUGCUAGGCACUCUUUGGGAGUUAGGUUGCUAGGCACUCUUUGGGAGUUAGGUUGCUAGGCACUCUUUGGGAGUUAGGUUGCUAGGCACUCUUUGGGAGUUAGGUUGCUAGGCACUCUUUGGGAGUUAGGUUGCUAGGCACUCUUUGGGAGUUAGGUUGCUAGGCACUCUUUGGGAGUUAGGUUGCUAGGCACUCUUUGGGAGUUAGGUUGCUAGGCACUCUUUGGGAGUUAGGUUGCUAGGCACUCUUUGGGAGUUAGGUUGCUAGGCACUCUUUGGGAGUUAGGUUGCUAGGCACUCUUUGGGAGUUAGGUUGCUAGGCACUCUUUGGGAGUUAGGUUGCUAGGCACUCUUUGGGAGUUAGGUUGCUAGGCACUCUUUGGGAGUUAGGUUGCUAGGCACUCUUUGGGAGUUAGGUUGCUAGGCACUCUUUGGGAGUUAGGUUGCUAGGCACUCUUUGGGAGUUAGGUUGCUAGGCACUCUUUGGGAGUUAGGUUGCUAGGCACUCUUUGGGAGUUAGGUUGCUAGGCACUCUUUGGGAGUUAGGUUGCUAGGCACUCUUUGGGAGUUAGGUUGCUAGGCACUCUUUGGGAGUUAGGUUGCUAGGCACUCUUUGGGAGUUAGGUUGCUAGGCACUCUUUGGGAGUUAGGUUGCUAGGCACUCUUUGGGAGUUAGGUUGCUAGGCACUCUUUGGGAGUUAGGUUGCUAGGCACUCUUUGGGAGUUAGGUUGCUAGGCACUCUUUGGGAGUUAGGUUGCUAGGCACUCUUUGGGAGUUAGGUUGCUAGGCACUCUUUGGGAGUUAGGUUGCUAGGCACUCUUUGGGAGUUAGUUUGCUAGGCACUCUAUGGGAGUUAGGUUGCUAGGCACUCUUUGGGAGUUAGUUUGCUAGGCACUCUAUGGGAGUUAGUUUGCUAGGCACUCUAUGGGAGUUAGGUUGCAAGGCACUCUUUGGGAGUUAGUUUGCUAGGCACUCUUUGGGAGUUAGUUUGCUAGGCACUCUUUGGGAGUUAGUUUGCUAGGCACUCUUUGGGAGUUAGUUUGCUAGGCACUCUAUGGGAGUUAGUUUGCUAGGCACUCUAUGGGAGUUAGGUUGCAAGGCACUCUUGGGGAUUUGGGCACUCUGGUACAUCAUACUUAGUUGGGAAAUUGGAAUGGUGCGAAACAUUGCAUUAGGCAUGAGUGGGUGAAACAUAAUUUGAUUUCUUAAAUUUUAUAUCCAUCUAUUUAACAAUUUAUCACCUAUUUAAAAUGCAAAACCUGUCUAUUCAACACUAUACCUGUCUACUCAACAAUUAACCCGCCUAUUCAACAAUACAUGAACACUAUACCAGUCUAUUUCAAACACAAUAUUUGCCUAUCAAACACCAUACAUCAUGCUGAACACUUAAUUUCCUCCUAGGUUUAACCCCUAUGACAGGGCACCCUUGAACACAGUCCGGCCAGAUGACAUCCCAGCGUUCUAUGAAGCCUAUGAAAAACUCUCCAGAAUCAUUUCCAACAAAGACAAUGAAGUUUGGGUAAAACUAAAGCCGGGCUCUGUCUUAUUCAUAGACAACUGGAGGGUCAUGCACGGUCGGGCAGCUUUCGACGGCAACAGGGUCAUGUGUGGGUGUUACUUGCCUAGAGAGGAGUGGAUCUCACUUGCCAGAAUGAAAGGCCUCAUGUAACAUAAAAGUUUAGCAUUGUUUCAAGGGAAAAGAUUGUUCAAUGCCAUUGUGAUUAUGAGGACAUGGGCUGACUGAGUAAUUUAGAAUAAAUGAUUUAUGGUGGAUAAUGAUGCAUUCAGUGUGUUUUAAAAGAAUCUAUUAACAUGUUUUAUAAUCCAAGUUAGUUCAGCUCACAACACUGCAGACUAGGCAAAGCCAUAUCUUGAUAUUUCAGACACAAAUGUUUGAAUGAUAUUUACUCUAAUAAAAAUAUAAUGAAAGAUAAAGGUGCAUUAAAUGAAGAGAUGACAAAAUUAGGCAGUACACAGCAUCACAGCUGGUUCUGUACUGUAGUCCAAAUAUGUAAUCUCUAAACUGCACCAUUUAUGCAGGUAGUAUUCAUGUGCAAUGUUUGAAUUUACUCAGAUUAUUUGGAAAGCUGAUUAAUUAACUCAAAAAUGCACUGCCCUGAUAUGCUCCAAGUGACUUGAAAACACUUUACGUAUUUAGUCUACUUCUGCUUUCCCUUUGGAUUUUUAAUGCAGUAAAUACACAUUUUUUUUUUUCUUAAACGACUAUUUUUAUGAAAGAUGCUUAAAUUUUGAUGCCUUUUGAUUUUAUUUCCAUUCAAUAAUAAAAUAAUUCAGUUUACA